GCUCGCUCCGUGCAGAUGCGGAACCUCACGUUGGUGGCGCCUUCUGUCCGCACGGACCCUGUUUACCAGCGGUCCCAUUGGCUCUGUGCGCUGCCGAGGCGCCCCCCCCCCCGCAGCGUCGCGGCCAUGGGGGCCCAGGCGAUGCUCAAGACCCUGCUUUACACCGUCAACUCCCUGCUGCAGCGGCGCAGAUACCGCGCGGCGCUGGCCGUGCUCAAGGGCUUCCGGAACGGAGCGGUCUAUGGAGCAAAAAUCCGUGCCCCCCAUGCUUUGGUGAUGACCUUUCUCUUCAAGAGUGGAAGUUUAAGAGAGAAACUGAAAGCGAUUGCUCAGGCCACAUACACUCAUUCCCGAAACCUGGCGUAUUUUGUGUUCACUUACAAGGGGCUGAUGGCGCUGCAAUCCCGACUACAGGGAAAGAACUUUCAGUUGCACUCCUUCCUAGCAGCCUGUGUUGGAGGCUGGUUAGUGUUUGGUGAAAACAAUCAUAUCAACAGCCAGAUAAACAUGUACCUGCUGUCUCGAAUUCUGUUUGGCUUGUCCCGACUGGCAGUGGAGAAGGGUUAUAUCCCAGAACCCAAGCAGGACCCUUUCCCGAUCUUUGCUGCUGUGACUUGGGGGAUUGUUCUGUGGCUCUUUGAAUAUCAUCGGCACACUCUCCAACCCUCUCUGCAAUCUUCCAUGACUUACCUGUAUGACGACAGUAAUGUAUGGCACGACAUUUCUGACUUCCUCAUUUAUAACAAAAGCAACGCUCAAAAGUAAUUUGCUAAUCCCCAGCGAUCUUUGAAUAAUGGCACAUUCCAGCAACAACGGGGAAAGGAUUUUCUGCUGCCCUUGAUUGACGCACUUUUUAUUAUUAGGAUCUGUCCAACACAUUUCCCUCUUGUGUCUUGGCCAAAAUGUUGUGAAUAACCUAAUGAUCUUUUCUUGGCUCUCUAUUGGCCACACAGGGACUCCACAGAAACCUGUCCCAGUGCCACAACAAGAGCAAAGUGUUCCUGGAUUAAUUUGAUUUCAAAAAGGCUUUUCUAGAAGAGACAUUAUGUUCCCCACAUUGUAAUAGUUAAUUACUUUUAAAGAAUGCACUGAUUUUAAACCUUGACGGCUCGAAAGUAAACUGUGACUAUAGUUUAUAUGAUACUGAAACAAAAUAUGCAGUAAGGGACUAAUGGAAUGCUCACGUGCUAGAAAUGCCUCUCACGACCACUGUAUUAGCAAUGGAAGGAAUGCAGUGAUUUCCAGCCAUACCUCUCUAUAUGUUGGCUCUUUUGUGAGCUGAUAUAUUUAUCUAUCUUCUGCUGUAUCAUGUCAGAAGAAGGUCCUGAUUUCUGUGAAGCAUUGGAAAUCCAAACUAAACAAGGGACUGUGUUUCUUCAGUGAGUUUUCUGUGCAGUUUGCCCCUAUGUAGAUAAGAUGUUUGCAUUUAAAAGCAUUGAGCUUCUUUGGGACAGACAUGGUACCUCGUGCUUUGAAUCACCAUUUAUGAUCAGUCUUUGUCAUUCCUUUGGAUUAUCUAGUGCAGGAUGUUUCACUAAUUAUUCCCCCUAUUUAAUUACAGCACUUUUUUUUUAUUUCUGUGCCUGGACUAUGAAUUCCAUACAGUAGAGAGAACUAACCAAAUCCAUUGUAGUAAGAUUUUACAAGCGAGGUAUUAAAAAGAGGUUGAGCCCGUGGUGUUACUUUUUCCUCCUUCCAGGGGACAGGAGGAUAUAUCAGUGUAAAUUGAAGCUAUCUUUGGAUCUUAGCCAAAAGGUUAAUAUUUUACACUGGACCUAAUCAAGACCGCUCCUUUAAUUGUUCAAACUUCUAGAUCAUAUACUGAAUACUUGAGUUGGACCAGCGAUCAGUAUUUCAUACGAUUCAUGGUUUGCAAGAAUUAGUGACUAGUUCUGAUAUUUUUCUAUAUAAAAUCUAUCACUCAAUGAAAAAUCACAGUUUCAUGGUUUGUUUGUUUUUUUUAAUUUCUCAAAUUACAGGCAAAUUCUUGCUUCGUUAAAAUCACUGUCUUUAUCUACAUACGUGGCUGAUAUCUUUGCAUUGCUUAUAUUUUGUAAGAAGAAUGCUGCACUUUAAUUGGAAUUAAAGUGUCUUUGAUAAUGUUCAAAGUUCUCAGUGUAGAAAAAAAGAUUGCAUAUUUUGCUAACUCCUUGUGUGAUAUCAUCUCAGCCGUACCUGCAAAAAUCCCUUCUCCCCAGGAAUCUAUCGCUAGCUUCACUUUCAUGGUAAAUCAUAUCUGAGACUCAAACCAUCUGCAGCUCUGAUUCACAGAGCCUGCUGCUGCCAUCAGAAACCAAACUGAAAUUUCACCACAGUAGCAAGUUCUACAUAGCAGUGGCCAUUAGUUGUGCUUUUUAAAGAUGGUUGUUUUCCUGCUCUGUGUGGGUAGGACAUUAGGCUGCAAGUCACUCCCUUUUCCAGGGAAGUAAUUGGAACAAUUCUUCAUUGGUACCAGCACACAUCACUCUUACAAAAACCAGAUAGAUGGCGAUGGAGCCCUUAUGCCACUGAAGUGACAGAACAAUACCAGUGUGUAAUAGGGAAGUGAACUAGAAGUAAUUUCUGUCUGUUGUAGACUUCAGAAUACAUACGUUACAUUCAUCUCUUCCCCCCCCAUCCCACCUCAUAUUGUCUGGGGUAUUCAGUCUUCUGUUUCUGUUCUUCCUUUUAUUAGCAUUAAAACCAAACAGAAAUAAGGAGAUAGUUGUGAAACCAUCUGCAAAACAGCCAGCCACCCAAGAAUGAGAAAGGGAGACACUGUUUUUCCAGUCCUGAUCUCUGUAAAUCAAAACAGACAUGAAUACAAUUCACGUUUAUCACAACCCAAAGUUGGAUUGUUGCUUCUAACUAGGGGGAAGAAUUCUGAGAGGAACUUGCCACCUCACUCGCCCCCGAUGUCAGGGAAGGUUCAGCACUGUGUGAGAUGAGACCUUGGUUUGCCAGGAUUCCCUUGUAAACAAAGCUGUGCAGUAGCAGGUUGGUGUAUCUCUGGGAUAUCAGUGUGCAGAACAGAGAGACAGAAGCCAGAGGACAUUUUAAAUAUGAUACUUGCCCACUUUUCAAAGUUGGCUCAAAUCUUCCCCAACUUGAUUCAAACCAUGAAGGAAACUAAACAUCUGAACCAUUUAAAUGCUCAGGAAAGCCAAAUAUCCUAACAUUACGUGAUUUAACAAUGUUUUCACAGGCCAAGCUUUCUGUGAAGAAUGCUUCCAUCGACCUAGUUAUUGUUGCGGAGGGAGGUAGUGUUCCUAAGCCAAUGGGGGGAAAAAAACCCUUCCACAUUAGUUUAGGCUGUGUCUACACUACAAGGUUAUACCAGAAUAAUUACAGUCCUGGGGUUAUGCCAGUAUAGCCCCAUAGUGUAGCAUGGCCUGAAUAUUGCAGAGGGAUGUCUUCAGGGGUUGUAUAUGAAAGUAGGGGAGCAAUCAAAAUGGAUUCAGGAUAUAUUGAUACCCUGACAACUUAUCUGGUCCUUGGAUAGUACAGUACUAGGGUAGAAGGACAUUUCUGAAGGGGAAGAUCUAUGCUUGUCAGCUGUCACUUUAGAUCUUGCCACUUUAGAGGCAGGAGAGAAUUCUGAGAAGUGCUUACAAACAUUGCAAUUGUUGUAACACGCUGUGUGCAUAGUAUGUUGAUCUACUAACCAGCAUAUCUAUCCAAAUACUAACUAUAUACAUAGAGGGCCGGAUGUACUGGAAUGGCCAAAGCGCACAGGUCAGAGGUUGGUGAGGAAAGGAGGCCUGAUUGUAGCGCUGUAUGACUUUCUAUCCCCUAGCCCUCUGUGUUAGAGCAGACCUCAAACUGCUCUAACAACUUGAGCCUUGUUGCAGUGUCCACAAGAGACCAAAGACAGAGCCCAGAAUCAUCAGCCAUGUUCCCUUUUCUCCAGCCACAGCCCUCCAUCAACACUACACUGCCUGAGAAUCAUUGCUACGCUCAAGUGAUCCUUCUGGGCCAAGUAAGCCACCCUCGUGGGAGGCUUAUGCUGGCAAUGCAGGCAAAGAAGCCCCCACAGUCCUGAGGAUUUGACCCAUUGUCUGUGGACUUAAGCCCGCAUACUGUCAGCUCCUUUAGUGGAAAUUCCUUCCUAUUAGACAAAAUGUCUGUUCUCCGAACACAUUUAUACUGACUCAAUACAAAUGUGAUUUCUUAGGAAACAGUUUACUGAUUGAUAUUAUUUGCCAUCUGAAAAGCUCUUUUCCGGGGUCAAGCUGACCUUGAUGUCAGUGGAGUCUGUGCUAUUUCUAAUAUUGACUUUGAAAUACAGCCAGCAGGAGAAAGCAGAACUUGCUGUGAAUUUUCAAUACACACAGUUAUGUGGGUUUUAUAAUUAAAAUGAGUGUUCUGUAGCUCGAGGGGCUUUUGCUGUCAAUUUUCUACAUUUGUAUGGCUGACUUGUAACAUGGGCAAAGGGGGGUCUCUAAGUGCAACAGAUGCUAUAACUAGAGAAUUGUUUCUAUGCUUUUCAGUCUAGCUGUGUGUAUUUUUAUUUACAAUUACUGCAUGGGAAACUGUGUCACACUGAAAUCCUAACUAAUUUUUUGGUAAUAUAGAAUGCAUUAAACACAAUCUCAGGCGACUUAUUUUAAUUAUACUGGUUAGAGUGGUAAGGGGGAAGUCUUGCUUGCUUGUAAAACAAUAACAUUGCAGUAAAGAAAGAGAUGGCAGCUAAUGGACGUAUCUGCCUCAACAGCCAUAAAACAUCUUUUCCAUCCUAUGGACAAUGUGUCAGUCCCAAUCACAUAUCCCGUUUGCCUCUUUGAGCACGGUUCUGUAUAAUGCAUCUUUGGAUAGUAUAAUGUUUUGCACUCUUUAAUAAAUAAAUGAUUGUCCAUCUGUUUUAAA